UAAGUUUCCCGGAAGUAAACCAAAAUAAAACAGAUGGGAGGGCGCUUCUCCUCAGUGCAGAAGCUCUGGUCGUUAAACAAAGCUUUGAAUUUGUGUCCACUAAGUUAUUAUUUUCACUCGACAGGAUGUCUUUCCCUUCUUCAUUUGGUUCGCAGGUCGCAGCCAUCAUGGAUGUGUUAGCGAAAGCUGCGGUCGCCGAAAUAACGAAGCUGAUGGAGGACGGGACCGUGGUUCUGCGCCUGGAGAUGUGUCGGAAAGACAGUGAGAUCCAGGAGCUCAAAAGAAGUUUGAACCUAAUGGAGGUUGAACUCUGCAAAGCUCAAGAAGCAGCCAUGACACAAGCUACAGAGGACAAGCAGGAGCAAACAACAGCCGGGAGUCAGGUCCCUCCAAAAGAUGAAAAAGAAGAUCAGCAAACAUGUGUGGUGUAUCUGGAACCAAAGACUACUGAUUCACUCUGUGAUGGGACAGAGGAGAGCCAUGACAUGAGGCCAGCAGUGAAACAUGAGCCAGCAGAUGAACUUGCAGUCCAGGAAACAACAGACAACACUGCAACAGCAGCCACUAAUCUUAACUUUGAGGCGGGAGAGCAAGAUGACCCAAUAUGGCCUCCUGCUGCUUGUAGCAUGUUUGAGGAAAGCUCUGUUGCAGCUCAGCAGCGCAUACAGAUUUUCCCUUCUCACGCUGAGCAAUUGUCUGCUCACAGAAACGCAGAAAGCUCCUUUAACUCUUCAUCAGCUGCACCAGAGGAAACCGCAGAAGAUUCCUUAAGUGUGCCGAUAAAAGUAGAGGUAGAGAUUCCUCCUAUGUGCAUGGGAGGUACCGCUUCAGAGCCUGUUCAUAAUGAACCAUUUCGACAUGUUUCACGCCCUGCAGUCAGUCAGGACCCUCGCUUGCAACUGUCUGCUUCGCAGCGGGCCGGGCCGUCACGAGCCCUGCCUCAUGUCCCGAAGUCUACAGAAGACACAGAGGAUUACAUCUACAGUAGAAACAACCUGCGGGCAAAAAGAGUAAUGAAUCUGUGGAGGACAAAUCAGAAACUCUUCAUCUGCUCUUUGUGCAACAAGGGUUUUCCCCGCUUGUCUCAGCUGGAGGAGCACAAGGCCACCCACCAACCCUUCAAACCUUUUAGGUGCCUUGAAUGCGGCAAGUCUUUCACCCAGAAGACCCGGCUGAAGACGCACCAAAGUGUGCACACGGGAGAGAGGCCGUUCAGUUGUAAAAUCUGCGGCAAAAUGUUUUCGAGGCAGGACAACUGCCUGAGACACGAACGGUUCCACAGCGGCCUGAAGCCGUACAGCUGUGGGCAGUGUGGUAAAAGCUUCACAGUGCUAGGUAACCUCAAAAUACACCAAGAGAUUCACCUACAAGGAAGAUAGCGCUCAGAUACCGGGUCUCUCAGAGACACUCUGUAAGACUUCAGAGCAUUUGCACAAAACCAUAUUUAUUUUGCCGGGUACUCUGACAGUUUCAGUGCGUUGAAUACAGUCAUAAAAAUGUCCACCGGGCAUUUCAUGGGGCAAGACAAGGAGGUUGGAAAUGUGAUUUUAGUUAAAUGUAUUAAUUGUUCAAACCUGUGUAUACCACAUAUGAUGAUAGAACUUUAUUUUCUCACAGUCAAGAAUGAGAUUCAUUCUUUAUCAUGCAUCACUGGAAUCAUAGCGUGGGGUUAUUUAUCUCGACGUUGAGAGUACAGGAAGAUUGCCAAGUGAAAAUUACAGUUUCAAGUUGACUUUCAAUUAAUUUGGCACAUCAUCAAGACAUUUUGACAGGUUUGGUUGGUUUAAUAUACCUGAACAAAGAGUAGGCAAUGUGGCGGUUAAAACUCAUUAUAACAUGAUUUGAAGUGGUACUUUGAGAUACAAAGUGAUACUAACUUUUAUGAAAAACUCAAAUGAGAAACUAAGAAGCUAAUCCAGUAAAUGAAAUACGUGGCGAGUUAAUAUACAUUGCAUCAAUGUAGUCAUAUGAAAUUCCAACAUUUACAUAAAGCAGCUUAUGGUUUUGCAGCAUUUUGCGUAAUGCUCCCAAGAAGAUUACCAGGCUAUGAAAUAGUAAAAAAUCUAAAUUGAGGAAUUUCUUUAACAAUUCUUUAACAUAAAAUACUGGAUAGUUUUACCUCUUUUAAAAUGAUUCAAAUGAAACUGUGGGGAAGGGAAAUUGCUCGCAAAGUCACAGACAUGCAAAAUGUGACAAUGUGACACAAGUAGAUGUUGCACCGUAUUAAGACCACAGUAAGAAAGGUUGGAAAUCACCGGUCUGAUACAGGCGCAGAAGCCAUGGUACAAAUGGUAUGGCAAAAUCUCUCAAUAUAUAUCUAUAUAUAAUCAUACCGCCCAGCCAUACCCUGAGUGUCCUGGACUGUAUGGUCUUCUAUGGACAGUUUUACAGAUGCGCAACAGUUUUUUUUUUAAUUAAGUGGGUGGGUUAUCUGCCAUAACAUGACCAAUCCAAAAUAUAGAAAGUUUAUCUCUCAAUAUCAUAAAAUAUAGUGUUUUUACCAGCAAUUCAGUCAAAUUAGGCUGCCAACUCAGUUUUUAGUGUCACAGCAAUCUCUUGCUUUAUCUUCACCUUCAUACCUUACAUAAAAAUGAAUCCUAUAAGUUCCACGCUGUGAGGUAUACUGAGUUUGAUUUCAGAAAAAGAGAGCACAGAUAUCGGCAGAUAUCUCUGCAUUGGAUCAGCAACAGUAAGAUCUUACUGUGCUCAGAAGUGUUCCAGUGCCUUGCACAUUUUUAUGUAUCGCCCCCCUAACUGUUACCUUUGUUUGUUAGUCUUCAUGAUUUGUGUUAUGUUUUUGAUAGGAAACCAACUGACCAGCUGUUGGACCGUCCAGGUACAGACUGUGUAUUUAACCUAAAAUCAGUUGUAAUACAUUGAACUCAUUAUGUGGCCUCUAAAAACAGUUUCAUGGUGCAGUAGUAAUGAUUUAAGGGUGUCCUAGUAAAGGCGGUGUGAGGUGUGUACCUAUGCAUUAAUGUAUUUGAUUUUAUAUUUGCACAUAGUUUAUAUCUUUUGUCUGUAGAUUUUUUUCUUCUACUUUUUCUAUAACUUUUUUCAUUAUAAUACGUGCUAUACUUAUUUAUUUGUUUUUAUUGUUUAUUUUAUUUAUUUACUGUUGUCCUUACAUGAGUUAACAAU